AGCGUGCCUUGCUCCUUGAAUAAGCUCCAACUCCAACGACAUAUACAGCUUUGGUGCUCGACGGCAUCAUGGCUCCCAAACCGGAUACCCCGUUCCGCUCUGCGGACAUGAGCAUGGUACAGCUCUAUGUCUCCAAUGAAAUCGGUCGCGAAGUUGUUACGGCCCUCGGCGAGCUUGGUCUCUGCCAAUUCCGCGACCUCAACGAGGAUGUCAGCGCAUUCCAACGCACUUUUACUCAGGAGAUUCGACGACUCGACAAUGUUGAGCGACAGCUGCGAUACUUCUACGCUCAGAUGGAUAAGAUCGGAAUCCCGCUCCGAAAGCUGGACCUCGACGUCGAGCGACUUGCGUCACCCUCAACUUCCGAAAUCGACGAGCUUGCCGAGCGAAGCCAGAAGUUGGAACAGCGAGUUUCUGCCCUGAAUGAGAGCUACGAGACUUUGAAGAAGCGCGAGGGCGACUUGACCGAGUGGCGAUGGGUUCUGCGUGAGGCCGGUAGCUUCUUCGACCGUGCUCACGGAAAUGUCGAGGAGAUCCGCGCUUCUACUGAUAACGACGAUGCUCCCCUUCUGUCUGACAUUGAGCAAAACCAGGGUGGCCCCGAUGCCGAGCGUUCUUUCUCCGGCAUGAACAUUGGCUUCGUCGCUGGUGUCAUUGCUAGAGACAGAGUCGCCUCCUUCGAGCGUAUCCUCUGGCGAACACUGCGCGGUAACCUCUACAUGAACCAGUCUGAGAUUCCCGAGCCCUUGAUCGAUCCUACCAACAACGAGGCCAUCAACAAGAACGUCUUCGUUAUUUUCGCUCACGGCAAGGAGAUUCUCAACAAGAUCCGUAAGAUCUCCGAGUCCAUGGGCGCUGAUGUUUACAAUGUCGACGAGAACAGUGAUCUUCGACGUGACCAGAUCCACGAGGUCAACAACCGCCUGGAGGAUGUCCAGAACGUUCUACAAAACACCCAGGCCACUCUUCAGGCAGAGCUUAAUCAGAUCUCUCAGUCGCUGUCUGCCUGGAUGGUUCUUGUCGCCAAGGAAAAGGCCGUGUAUAACGCACUCAACAACUUCUCCUAUGAUAGCGCUCGGCGAACUCUCAUUGCCGAAGCCUGGGUACCUACCAAUGAUCUUCCCCUGAUCAGGACGACCCUUCAGGAUGUUACUAACAGAGCUGGCCUCUCCGUCCCUUCUAUUAUCAAUAAGAUUCAGACCAACAAGACGCCGCCUACUUACCUUAAGACCAACAAGAUCACCGAAGGUUUCCAGACCAUCGUCAAUGCUUAUGGUACCGCCACGUACCAGGAGGUCAACCCGGCCAUUCCUGUUUUUGUCACCUUCCCUUUCCUGUUCGCUGUCAUGUUCGGUGAUUUCGGCCAUGCCAUCAUCAUGCUUUCAGCUGCUCUCGCUAUGAUUUACUGGGAGAAGUCACUGAAGAAGGUCAGCUUCGAACUGUUUGCCAUGAUCUUCUACGGCCGAUACAUUGCCCUGGUUAUGGCUGUUUUCUCUGUUUUUACCGGUCUCAUCUACAAUGAUGUCUUUUCUAUGUCCAUGACUCUGUUUGAGAGUGCUUGGGAGUUUAAGAAGCCCGAGAACUAUACCAACACUACAAGCAUCGUUGCCACUCUAAGGGAAGAUGGUCACCGUUACCCCUUCGGUUUGGAUUAUGCAUGGCACGGAAGUGAGAAUGACCUCCUCUUCAGCAACAGUUUGAAGAUGAAGAUGAGUAUCCUCCUGGGCUGGGCACACAUGACCUACUCGCUCUGCUUCUCUUACAUCAAUGCUCGCCACUUCAAGAAGCCCAUUGACAUCUGGGGUAACUUCAUCCCUGGCAUGAUCUUCUUCCAGUCCAUCUUUGGCUACCUUGUUAUUUGCAUUGUUUACAAAUGGUCUGUUGAUUGGCUGGGCACUGGCCGCCAACCUCCUGGACUGCUCAACAUGCUUAUUUACAUGUUCCUCCAGCCUGGAACUAUUCCUGAGGGCGAAGAGCUUUACGCUGGACAGUCUGUUGUCCAAGUCAUUCUCUUGCUCUUGGCUUUCGUCCAAGUUCCCAUCCUCCUCUUCCUCAAGCCUUUCUAUCUUCGAUGGGAGAACAGCCGUGCUCGCGCCAAGGGUUACCGUAGCAUAGGUGAAACCUCUCGAGUUAGUGCUUUGGACGGCGAUGAUGAAGACGCCAAUGGCCACGGCAACAGCUUCGACGAAGAUGGCGAGGGAGUUGCUAUGAUCUCUCAGAACAUUAGUGAGGAGCAUGAGGAGUUCGAGUUUAGUGAGGUUAUGAUCCACCAGGUCAUUCACACAAUUGAAUUCUGUCUGAACUGUGUCUCUCACACUGCCUCCUACCUCCGACUUUGGGCUUUGUCUCUCGCUCAUCAACAGCUGAGUAUUGUGCUUUGGUCUAUGACCCUUGGCCCUGCCCUCAAAAUGAGCGGCGUUGUCGGUGUCAUCAUGAUUGUUGUUUGUUUUACUAUGUGGUUCUUCUUGACCAUUGCUAUUCUCGUUUGUAUGGAGGGUACCAGUGCCAUGUUGCACUCCCUCCGUCUCGCUUGGGUCGAGUCGUUCUCCAAGUUCGCAGAGUUUGCGGGUUGGCCUUUUGCGCCUUUCUCGUUUAACACCCUGCUGGAAGAGUCGGAAGAGCUCAAGGAUUACUUGGGUUAAUUGGAAGGGUUCGCGUAUAGGUUGCCUUUUUUUUUAUAGCAGUAGACAGUGGUAUUUUUAUUGUAUCAUAGGUAGCAUAGUGCAACAUUAGAAACUCUGGGCUUUUGCCAAGUUUUCUG